AUGUGUGCAGCACCUCUUGCAGCUGCAGCAGCAGUGAAGGAGGAGGAAGAGGAGGAGGAGGAGCAGCCUGCUGCACCUCCUGCAGCUGCAGCAGCAGUGAAGGAGGAGGAAGAGGAGAAGGAAAAGGAGGAAGAGUAUGUGGUGGAGAAGGUUUUGGACUGCAGAAUGGUGAAGGGAAGAGUAGAGUUUCUGCUGAAAUGGAAGGGGUUCUCAGAUGAGGAUAACACAUGGGAGCCGCAAGACAACCUGGACUGCCCCGACCUUAUCACCGAGUACAUGCAGAAACACAAGGAGAAGGAGGAGAAAAAGAAGGAGGGCAAGAGGAAAGUUGUCAGAGAGGCCUCGGGAGACUCAGAGGAGCGAGGGAGCAAGAGGAAGAAGGAGAAACGGAGAGGAGGAGAGGGACCCAAAUGUCACCACUCUCAGCACUGUGACAAAUCCUUCACAUCAUCUGGAUAUUUAAAGAUUCAUCAGAGAGUUCACACUGGAGAGAAUCUACACAGCUGUGAAAAUUGUGGGGCAGCUUUCACACUACAGAGUACCCUAAAAAACCAUCAACGCAUUCACAAUGGAGGAAAUCUACACAGCUGUGAUCAAUGCGGGGCAGUUUUCGCACGACCGAGUCACCUAAAAAGACAUCAACGCAUUCACACUGGAGAGAAGCCGUACAGCUGUGAUCAAUGUGAGGCAGCUUUCACACAACGGAGUACCCUAAAAAACCAUCAACGCAUUCACAUUGGAGAGAAGCCGUGCAGCUGUGAUCAUUGUGGGGAAGCUUUCACACUACAGAGUACCCUAAAAAACCAUCAACGCAUUCACACUGGAGAGAAGCCGUACAGCUGUGAUCAAUGUGGGGCAGCUUUCACACAACGGAGUACCCUAAAAAACCAUCAACGCAUUCACACUGGAAAGAAUCUACACAGCUGUGAUCAAUGUUGGGCAGCUUUCGCACGACAGAGUCACCUAAAACGACAUCAACGCAUUCACACUGGAGAGAAGCCGUACAGUUGUGAUCAAUGUGGGGCAGCUUUCACACAACAGAGUACCCUAAAAAACCAUCAACGCAUUCACACUGGAGAGAAUCUGCACAGCUGUGAUCAAUGUGAGUCAGCUUUCGCACGACAGAGUGACCUAAAAAACCAUCAACGCAUUCACACUGGAGAGAAUCUACACAGCUGUGAUCAAUGUGAGGCAGCUUUCACACGACCAAGUCACCUACAAAGACAUCAGCUGAUUCACACUGGAGAGAAGCCGCACAGAUGUGAUCAAUGUGGGUCAGCUUUCAAACGACAGAGUAACCUAAAAAGUCAUCAACUGAUUCACACUGGAGACAAACCUUACAGCUGUGAUCAAUGUGGGGCAACGUUCACACACCAGAGCCAUCUGAAAAGACAUCAACUGAUUCACACUGGAGAGAAGCCGUACAGCUGUGAUCAGUCCUUGCAGACUCUCCGCUCACAGUCGCCCAGGCCGAGGUUGGGAUAUAUCGCCCUCCACAUCGCCCCGACAACGCUGACUGCAAGAAGCAUGAAAUAA